UUGAAGACAACAGAGUGACUUUGCAGAAGUGAAAAAUGGCUGUUGUUGAGUCUCUGCUGUAUAUUCCAGGUGUCGCAGGUACAUUACUGGGAGCUUUGCUGUUGUUAUUGCUCUUAUCUCGCCUUUCCUCAGACUACAAAUCUCAGAAAGAAGGGAAAGAGCCACCGGGACCCAAACACUUGCCACUAUUGGGAAACCUGCUGACACUUGACCUAACGAGACCUUUUGACAGCUUUUGUGAGCUCUCUAAGACCCACGGGAACAUAUUCCAAGUAUUUUUGGGUCCUAAAAAAGUUGUGGUAUUAGUUGGAUACAAAACCGUCAAAGAGGCUCUUGUCAACUAUGCAGAUGAGUUUGGGGAGCGAGAUAUUACACCUGGUUUCAGGAUACUUAAUGAUGGUCAUGGGAUCCUCUUUUCCAAUGGAGAGAACUGGAAAGAAAUGCGACGUUUUGCUCUCAGCAACCUUCGGGACUUUGGGAUGGGCAAGAGAGGAAGUGAAUUGAAAAUUAUAGAGGAAAUUCAAUAUCUGAAAGGAGAAUUUGAUAAGUUUGAAGAGAAACCCUUUGACACGACACAGCCUGUGAACUACGCUGUGUCAAACAUCAUCUCAUCUAUCGUGUACGGCAGCAGAUUUGAAUACACUGACCCUCGAUUCACUGAAACGGUCGACAGAGCAAAUGAAAAUGUCCGGGUUAGUGGAUCGGCAUCUAUGAUGCUAUACAAUAUAUUUCCAUGGUUGGGUCCGUUCCUAAACAGCAAAAGGAUUAUUAUGAGGAAUUUGAUGAAAAAUAGAGCAGAAAUUGUGAAAUUAAUCACUGGACUGCAGGAGACUCUAAAUCCACAUGACCCAAGAGGGUUUGUCGACUCCUUUCUCAUCUACAAACAGAGUGAUGAGAAAUCCGGCAAGAAGGACUCAUACUUUCACCAUGAGAAUCUUCUCAUGUCGGUGGGAAAUCUGUUUGUUGCUGGUACUGACACCACAGGAACAACUCUGCGCUGGGGUUUGAUGCUUAUGGCCAAAUACCCUCAUAUACAGGCUCGAGUUCAGGAGGAGAUUGACAGAGUGAUCGGUGGACGUCAGCCAGUGGUGGAAGACAGAAAGAAAUUGCCAUAUACAGAUGCUGUGAUUCAUGAAACCCAGAGAAUGGCAAACAUAGUACCCUUGAAUCUCCCUCAUAUGACAAGCUGUGACGUUACCUUCAAUGGAUACUUCAUCAAGAAGGGCACCACUGUAGUUCCUCUGCUGACGUCUGUUUUGAAGGAUCCAAACGAAUGGGAAAAACCAAACAGCUUUUACCCAGAACACUUCCUUGAUGAGAAGGGCCAGUUUGUGAAGAGAGAUGCUUUCAUGCCCUUUUCUGCAGGCCGCAGGAUGUGUCUUGGAGAGAGUUUGGCCAGGAUGGAGCUCUUCCUGUUCUUCACUUCCCUCCUUCAGAGCUACCGCUUCACAACUGCACCUGGAGUGUCUGGAGAUGAGCUGGAUCUCAAAGGAGUAGUCGGAAUAACGUUGAAUCCGUCUCCACACAAGCUGUGUGCGAUCAGACGCUCCUCCUCAAGGUCUUCUGGGUAUUGUUCUGUGAACAUGGCUCUCAUGGAGGCAUUUCUUCAGGUUUCCAGCACAGGAACAUUAAUCUGCUGCUUGCUUCUGCUCUUAGCUGUUUAUCUCCUGUUCUUCCGGUCUCAGAGAGACGAAAAUGAACCUCCAGGGCCAAUACCAUUGCCACUUUUGGGAAAUCUGCCAAUGUUGGACGUCAACAAACCCUAUUUGAGCCUGUGUGAGAUGGCAAAGCAGUACGGCCCAGUUUUCACAGUCUUCUUUGGUCUAAAGAAAGUGGUUGUGUUAGCCGGCUACAAAACAGUGAAGCAAGCUCUUGUUAAUCAUGCAGAUGAAUUUGGAGACAGAGAAAUCUCGCCACUGUUCCAUGAUUUAUCUAAAGGGCAUGGUAUUACAUUUGCCAAUGGAGAGAGUUGGAGAGAGAUGAGACGGUUUGCUCUCACCAACUUACGAGACUUCGGGAUGGGAAAGAAAAAAAUUGAGGAGAAAAUCAUAGAGGAAACAUGCCAUUUACUAGAGGAAUUUGAGAAGUUUGAAGAAAACCCUUUUGAAACCACACGGCUGAUGAACUACGCUGCCUCAAGUGUCAUCUGUUCCAUUGUGUAUGGACGCAGGUUCGAGUAUACAGACCCUCAGCUACGGAGUAUGGUGGAUCGAGCCAAUGAGAGCGUCAGGCUGAGCGGGACAGCAUCCGUGCAGCUCUACAACAUGUUUCCUUUCUUAGGUCCAUGGCUCAAGAAUUUGAAACUAAUCAUGAAUAACCUAGCACUCGAUGUCAAAGAGAUAUCAGAGGUGGUGAGCAGUUUACAUCAAACACUGAACUCGCAGGAUCUCAGAGGCUUUGUGGAUUCAUUCCUCAUCCGCAUGCAGAAUGCAGAGGAAUCGGGAGAGAAGAACUCACUUUUCCAGAAGCAGAAUCUUAUUUUCACAGUCGCCAACCUAUUCGUCGCUGGUACAGACACUACUAGUACAACACUGCGCUGGGGCUUGCUGCUUAUGGCCAAAUAUCCACAAAUACAAGAUCGGGUUCAGGAGGAGAUUGACCGGGUGAUUGGUGGACGGCAACCGGUAUCAGACGACAGGAAGAACUUACCGUAUACAGACGCUGUGAUCCAUGAAACCCAGAGAUUUGCAAACAUAGCACCCAUAAGUAUCCCACAUAUGACCAGCUGUGAUGUUCACUUCAAUGGAUACUUCAUCAAGAAGGGCACAUGUGUAUUUCCUCUUCUAAUGUCUGUGCUGUGGGAUGAGGAUGAAUGGGAAUCACCCCAGAACUUUAACCCCCAACACUUCCUGGACAAUCAGGGGCGAUUUGUGAAGAGAGACGCCUUCAUGCCCUUCUCUGCAGGCCGCAGGGCUUGUCUUGGAGAGAGUUUGGCCAGGAUGGAGCUCUUCCUGUUCUUCACCUCCCUCCUUCAGCGUUUCCGCUUCACUCCUCCUCCAGGAGUGUCUGAAGAUGAGCUGGAUCUCAGUCCAGCGGUGGGCUUCACCUUGAACCCGACCCAACAUAAACUGUGCGCAGUCAAACGCUUGUGAAUUAUUUUAUAGUAAAGUUGAUGCAUUUUGUGUACAAUACAGCCUGCAUUACAUUUGUGUGUUCAUUCAUUAUAUGCAAGGUGAAAGCUCAGAAAUCAUGAUUGUUAAGCAUUCACCAAAAAAAACAAUGAAAAUUGUGUCAUUAAUCACUUCCAAACCAUCCAAGCAACCAUGUGCUGCAUCCAAGCUUCAUUCAUCUUCGGACCACAAGUUAACAUAUUUUGUUAUGUAAUGUAACAUAUGUACUUUUUGUACACAAAUAAAACAAAAGUAACGACUUUAUUCAAAAAUUUGUACUGUAGUGCCAUUUUGGAGAAUAUGAGUUGGACGCAGGCAGCGUACACUUUUCUGUGUCAGCCACGCCACAAGGAUAAAUUUUCUACGUGUAUUUUCAGUGUGAUUUGAAUGAAAACAGCACAUCCUUGUUACAAAAGAUCUGUCAAUACAACCCUAUUUGCAUUUUCAAGCCAAAAAUUCUAGGCUACAUGAUCCAGUUCUCGAAAGUCUUUUAUGGCCUUAUUUCAGUGACUUCAAAAUUUUAGUUUUUCUCUAACCACGCAUAAUCAUUGUUUUCUCAAAAACACAAACAUAUACACAUACAUGCAAUUUACAUAUUAUUGUACUGUAGCCCAGUUUGUACUGAAUACAGUGCUUUCAGACUUUAGCCAUGAAUAUGUUUAGAAGUAACUGAAAAAAGCACAAAAGGUCAAAACUUCUCUAGGCCCCCAAAACACCCUAGAUGCUGGCACAUGCUGGUAAAUUAACUAACUACAAGACAAUUGCAAAAUACCAGUGUUUCUGAUUAAAUAAAACGAUUAAUUUAACAGAUGUUUCAUUAUAGUUAAUUUGAUUUUAAUAGUGUGUGUUUCUUUUUGGAGGUUUUUAAAAGUGUAAAAUGUUCACUUUUGUCUUCCGUCUUUGACAUCAUAUAUCACAUUUUGUUUGUUUAUGUGGGAUUGAAAAACGAAUUCAGGAACUGUAUACUGAAUUUCACUAAUUAUAUUGCAAUUGAUUUCUGUAUUGCAUAUUAAAUGUAAGUCAUUAUACUGAAUUAUUAAGAACAAGAUAAGACAUUAAGAGGCUUACAACAAGACUAAGAAACCCAUAAGUAGUUAUACGUUUACAUUCUUACAUCUAAAUGGGCAUAUUCUAUGAACUUUUGUUAGUUUCAUAUACACCUAAUUAUAAAUAAGAUACCCUAACCCUCACGGAAAACUGACUGCAUUUUUUAUUAUUUGAUAUCUAGUUUUAAGGUUUUGUCAGGUUGAGCUCACAUCUGGGUACAAAUUUGUCUGUGUAUUUUUGUGACUUUGGGGCCCCCUACAGUUAAGAUAAUAUUUUUGCUACAUUUCGUAUUCAUGAAUGUAAAUUCAGUAAAAAUCCAACCUUUGUUUUUGCUUCUUAAUAAAUAAAUAUAAAUUA